CAUUUUGAGUCCUCUUUCAGCGAGGCUAAGGGGAAGGGCACAGGCAGGACGGUGGUGUGUGUGUGCCUCCAUGCAUGUCUCACACCUCACACAGCUCCCAGCUCGGUAAAAGCCUUUCAAAUUCAGCCUCUAAAGAUCCAGUUUCUGCAAACACAAAGGCCAAGAGAACCAUUUCAAAGACAAAAUGUCAUCAGAGGAUUUCAGCUACCUGAUGCCAGGCCACAGUGAGAAACACAGACGGGCCCCGAACUGGACCGAUGGUGAAAUGAAGGCCCUCCUCUACGUGUGGGACGAACACCACAACGAACUGAAAAUGAGCAAGAGGAACGCCAAGGUUUACGAGAAGAUGUCGCAGAGGUUUUUCCAGCUGACCGGGGAGCAGCGUUUCAAAGAGGAGAUCAAGAUGAAAAUCACCAACAUGUCCUUCCAGUACAGGCGACUGAAAUCCACAAUUGCAGAAAACGGGGAGAUGCCGGACUGGCCGUACUUUAAAUCCAUUGAGAAGAUCCUCUCCAAGCCGCUGGAGAAUGGGCGCGUGAACUCUGUGGAGUUUGUGGCCUCCACUGCGGGCCCCUCCACUUCCUCCCAGUCGACAGACAACCUGGUGGCCCCGUCAGAGGAGGGCAUGAUGGGAUUCCUGCCAGAGUACACAGGCUCCUCAGAUGAGAUGGAGAUAAAGCAAGAGCUGGAGUCGUUGAGCUCUGACAGUGACAACACACAGGGAUCCAGUUCCCGUCCUAUUUCAGCGAAGAAGAGGCACGCCAACAAGCAUCUUUCCAUGAAGAGGAAGAAGCUGCGGGUAAUGCAGGCCAUGCUGCAGCAACAAAGGCGGUCGAGCCGAGCUAUCGAAGAGACGUGCAGGGAGGUCCGUCGAGCCAUGCACCAACAGAACCUUCUCCAGGUGCAGUGUCUGCAGCUGCAGGAGCGUAUGAUGAACCUCCUGGAGAAGUUGAUCCAGCCGCCCUCCGCCACGUCAUGGCGUCAGAGUGGAAACCAGGACCCAGGGAACCCAUGAAGCAUGUAGGUUAUGGUUGCUGGGAGAGAUCCUGCCAUGCCAAUAGCCUCUCUGACACAAAAAUAAAGCAUAUUUAUUUUUGAUUUCGCUUUAAUGUUGAACAGAGAGGAGCUAAAACACGCACUUUUGAUUUCUGUAGGCGCGCUCCGCCUGAAUGUCAUUAAUGGAAGUCAAGGACACUUGUAGCAGAUCUUUCUUGAUAAUUAGCACCCAUUAAGAACACUGUGGUGACAACAGCAAGGCAAAAACCGAUUUAUCACUUCAGUUUUGUUUUUACUGUGGAAAGAUGAUUGCAAGUUGGGGCAGUUGGAUGCCAAACCAGGACGAUUUGUUAUGAACCAUAAAUUGAGGCAAUAAUCCCUGUUGUACUGGAGGGGAUUGUCAGCAAAUAACAUCGUAAUCGACACAAAGAGCAUCAGAUUCCAUGUUAGGGGAAAUUUUAUAGCUCUUAGAUAUGUCCUUCUUUGUGUUCAAUAGCAGAACAGUCAGUAAUAACAAAAACACUCUGGCCUCCUGCAGAAGAGACGGAAUUGUGUUUUGAUUCUACAGUGGCAUGUUGAUGUAGCUCCACAGAAGUAACUAGAAAAGACAGGUGCCCUGUCGAGUGGUAAUGUCAAGAUACACUUGCUGAAAACUGUUCGAGGUUAAAUAUGUUUAUAGAUGAUGAAUAGAAUAAAUCCUUUUCAAAUCCAGCAAUUAUGGAAUACAGUGUGUGUCAUUGUGACCCUGCAGACUAAAUCUGUCCUGCAUUAAAUUGAACUGAGUAGAGAGAAUUUAAUGUUGCAUUUGAUACAUGCAGAUGUCAAGACAGAGACAGAAUAGAACGUUUACUUUUCUUUUCAAAUAUUAAAAUGACCUGUUCUCAUUUUGUAA